AUGGCCUCGCCUUCCACCGUGAUAUCUCCUUACCUCAUCUUCCUCAUUAGUACAGUAACACUUGGAUCCCUCCAGUUUGGAUAUCAUCUGGCCGAGCUUAAUGCUCCUAAGGCUGUCAUAACAUGCGAGAAGGAUCAUAUUUCAUCGUCCAAUCUGCCCCAAUGUAUGCCUAUGAGCCCGGCAGUGUUUGGUUUAGUAUCUUCGAGCUAUACCCUUGGCGGACUUCUGGGAGCCCUCUUGGCCGGGCCUCUUUCCACCAAGUAUGGGCGGCUGCUUGUUCUUCGAGCUACGACAGUGUUUUUCAUCCUUGGCCCUAUCGCUGAGACUAUCGCGUUUCCCAUUCCGCUUUUUGUGACCGGGAGAUUUUUAUCUGGCAUUGGGUCAGGUGCUUCCCUCGUGGUUGGGCCGAUCUAUGUCUCCGAAGUCUCUCCUACAAACAACAGAGGAUUGUUUGGAGCCGUCACUCAGGUAAUGGCCAAUAUUGGAAUACUAAUGACGCAGGGCCUAGGAUACUUUCUCAGCAAAGGCCACACGUGGCGUGUCAUUCUUUCAGUUGCCGGCUUUAUCGGCAUAAUUCAGCUCAUUGGCCUUGUAUUUGUUGUUGAAAGCCCAGCCUGGCUUGCAGAUAACCAGAAUCCAGCUCAAGCCAAAAGGGUUCUUCAAAGAAUACGAGGUCCAACGGCAGACAUUAGUGAAGAAGUCAGAACUUGGGAGACUUCCACCUCUUCUGGCCGAGGUCAUUCUGUAGCUGCCGAGACAGAGGAAGAAGAAUCCCUUCUCGCAAACUCAACACCGGUAACUGUGGCCCGCUUCAAAGAACCAGUGACCAUGCUUGGAGCGUUAUUAGACCCGGUGUAUAGACCUGCAAUAAUAUCUGUCAUUGCAAUAAUGCUCACACAGCAAUUCACCGGCAUCAACAGUAUCGUCAUGUACAGCGUUUCACUUCUCUCUACCAUUCUACCCACAACUGCGGCACUUCUAACGGUACUGGUCUCCUGUCUUAACCUGAUAAUGACCGUCGUUUGUGCCCCAUUAUCCGAUAAACUAGGCCGCAAAACAUGCAUCUUACUCAGCAUAGCAGGGAUGGGCAGUAUGUCCAUGCUUCUUGCUAUAGGGAUAGCAUCCAACCUCAAAGUACUCUCAGCCGUUGCAACACUCUUGUUUGUAGCAAGCUUUGCAGUUGGCCUUGGCCCUGUGCCGUUCAUCUUAGCCUCAGAGUUAGUUGGACCAGAAGCAGUUGGAGCAACACAAAGUUGGGCAUUAGCAUCAAGUUGGAUUGCCACAUUCAUCGUUGCCCAGUUCUUCCCGAGUCUUAAUGAGUAUAUGGGAGGCCACGGACAGAUUUACUGGCUUUUCGCUGCGAUGGCAGUGAUACUGGGGUCUUUUAUCGGAUGGUGGGUUCCCGAGACCAAAGGGAAGAGUGGUAUGGAUGAAGUUUGGCAGCGAAAUAGGAGGGCAAGCGACUGA